CAUUCUGAUUGGCUGUCGCUGUUCGGUUCAAAGGUUAGCUUGUUAUGUAGCCAUCCAGCCGGUCAGUGGUGUGUUUAUCUGCUGACUUUAGUACAAACAGUGGCUUUAAUAUCACUCUAACGUGACUCGUCGCUUAUUUAUCUUACCUAUUAACGUUAUGUGUGUCUGCUUUGAGCUGCUGACGACGUGGAGAUGCUACUAAUAGCUGUGUAGCUACCUAGCUUAGCCAGCUAGCUAACUUAGUGACAGGUGUUCUUCCAGGUGACUUCUUCUUCUUCUUCUUGUUGUUACAGCAGCUGACCUUUGCAGGUACAGCCAGGUAAAUGGGUUCUGUCAGAGCUAUGGCUUCAACCAGGCUGCUGUGUUUGUUGUCAGCAAACUCAAGCACAGCAUUAGCAGCUAGAGCAGGUUCAGGUCUGUGCUUCAGGAGAAACGUCUGCAGUUCACCUUCAAGACUGCAGAGCUGCAUGUCAGCCUGGGUCAUUGAUCAGUAUGGUACUGAUGGGGUUCUGAAGUACACAGAAGAAACCCCCAUCCCUACUGUCAGCUCUCCCAGUGAGGUGAUGAUUAAAGUCCAUGCUGCUAGUCUCAACCCUCUGGAUAUAUCUAUGAGGGGUGGUUAUGGAGCUAAAUUGCUUAAAUUGAGAAGGGAUCCAAUGUCUGUGAUGGACACUGACAGUGAGUUUCCUCUGAUCCUGGGUCGGGAUGUGUCUGGUGUUGUGGUGGACUGUGGGUCUGAGGUCACCCAUGUUGUUCCAGGAGAUGAGGUGUGGGCUGCUGUUCCUCCGUGGAAACAAGGCAGUCUGGCAGAAUUUGUGACUCUAACAGAGUACGAGGUUUCCCAUAAACCAAAAUUCUUGAGUCACACAGAGGCAGCGUCCAUCCCCUAUGUAGCCAGCACUGCUCUGUCUGCUCUUGUCAAUGCAGGUGGUCUUUGCAGAGACAGCUCUUCAAAUAAAAGAGUUUUGAUCACUGGAGGAUCGGGAGGUGUUGGAACAUUCUCUAUUCAGUUACUGAAGGCCUGGGGCGCCCACGUAACUGUUACCUGCUCUCAGAACGCCGAAGGCCUUGUUAGAGGGCUGGGGGCCGACGAGGUGGUGGACUACACAGCGGGAGACGCGCCUGAACAGCUAGAAAUGAUGGAGAAGUUUGACGUGAUUUUGGACAACGUGGGCGGGGAGACGGAUCGGUGGGCGAUGGGUCUGCUGAAGCCCUGGUCCGGGGCAAAGUACGUCACGCUGUUGACACCUUUACUCCUCAACACCGAUUCCAUGGGCCUGCUGGACGGCAUGUGUCAAGCUGGGCUCUCCCUGCACUCCAAGAUCACGCAGAACAUAUUAUCAAGUGGAGUCUUCUACCGGUGGGCAUUUUAUGCGCCAGAUGGGCCCGCCCUGGACGAGGUCAGCAGGCUGGUGGAUGCAGGGAAGAUCCUGCCGGUAGUGGAGGCCCAGUUUCCAUUUACCCAGGUGCCCCAGGCCUUUCAGAAGUUGGAGCAGGGCCACGCCAGAGGGAAGACGGUCGUCAGGGUGUCCGAGGAGGACGACAGGCAGGCCGAAGAGUGUGUGCAGAGCGGCGGCACGGAGACCGCAGAGUUCCAGCAAGAAGUGCAAGAAACGGCAAAGCAAAACUAGAGACACGAAGCAGAGAGCACGAACUGAGCGUCUGUGAUUCUUCCCACCUUUACAAGGCUACUCUUGACAGCAGCAGACUGUCAAAGAGCAGAGGUGCCGCUGUGGUGCAGCGUGACCUGAGCUUGUAAUGGGAGCGUGCCAAAGGCUGCUGCUCUUGUUAAAGCUCACAUCUUCCUGUACUGUCUUGGAAGUUUUCACGAGGCAUUUGAGUUAUGCUGUGUUCCUGUCAUGGUGAAGGUUCUUUAAUUACUGUGGACUAAUAAAUAAAUUCCAAUCAGGUCAGCAACCAGAUGGUACAACCAGGCUUUUGGUAGCAUUCUGAUUGCUUUAAUUUAGCCAUCAAGGACUUACAUAAUAAACCAGAAGGGCACUCGGAGAGCCCAGACCUCCGCCUAGGUCAAUCUGCUUCAAAUUUAAUUGGUUAUUUCCAUGCUUCACCGUUCCACCAAGUUUCAUGAAAAUCAGGCUAAUCUUAUCUAAUCUUGCUGACAAACAGACCAACCUCUUUGGCGGAGGUAAAAUAAGGUCAUAGUCAGCUGGCAAAGUUCAUCAAUAGAUGUGUUUAUCCUCCGGUACCAGGCGAGGCAGAUGCAGCGCGAUAACACAUUUGCAUUUUGUUUUUGCAUUUGUCCAUGUCGCACGUCAUAACCAUAGGAAUCUUUCCCAAUGUCAUAUUGAAUCUCACGUUACUGUAUGUGUAUGUGCAGCUUACAGUAAAGUGAGCUGACCACAAGUUAGCCAUUCAACAUUUGGGCAAAAACAAAUGAUGACAUUUGAAAUCUGAAGCACUUAGUCUGUACAUGAAUGUAAACCAAGUCCAGCUCAACGUGCUGUACAGUGUAUUAAAGACAUUUAUUGACAAAAAUACUUUUAUUAUUCUGAAAACAAAAGAGUUUUGUGCUAUGUAAUUUUGAUUAAACAGAAAAAAUAGACAA